UGCACUCUGCAGCUGGUUUCCUCUAUAUACUGCAGUUCCUUUUUAGUUUGAAAAAGGAGUUUCAAUGUUUCAGUCUUGCUUCAUGUCUGAUCGAUUCUUUCGCAUAUCAUGAGUGAUUCAUCAAUAUGAGAGUUACGACAACACGCACGUCGGAUUUACUUCGCUGUUACGAAUUCAAACAUCGACUUCAUUUAGCUCGAUUUGGGUGUUUUUCGACGGAUUGUUGCAUUCGCGCUAGAGAUGCAGAGAAUAGUCGGUCCUCUCACAAAAUGUCAAUCCCAUAUGAAUGGAGUUUUGCGGAAAUAGGAUGCAUUCUCAAAGUAACUAUUAGCAUAGCAUCUGCUGUGCAUCAAAUCUAGCCUGGAUUGUUGGUCAAAUGCAGAUAUUCAUUGCAGAUAGGUCAUAUUGCUGUAGACCAAUACACAAAAAGAAAAAAUCUUCGGUAAUAGAUCAUGAAUCAAGUGCUCCAUUUAUAUGGAUAUUGCAGGCAAGGUGCAGUUAUCAAUCAUAUUGUCGAUGAGGUUCUGACCAGACUGAACAAAAGGCUGAGAAAUUUGCCCGACCAUCUAGUUGGAAUUCAUGAUCAUUUGGAGGAAAUGACGCACUUACUGCAAGAAGGUUCCCCUGAUGUGCGUUUCGUCGUAAUUCACGGUAUGGGUGGCAUCGGUAAGACAACCCUUGCUGAGGCUGUUUUUAAUCGGAUCUCUCACCAAUUCUCUGGUCAUAGCUUUCUUUCAAAUGUUCGUGAAUCUUCCCAAGAUGAUAAAAUCGGAGAAUUGCAAUGGAGACUAUUAUCAGAUAUUCUCAAGCACCAACCCAAAAGGAUUUACGACCCCAAUGACGGGAUCAACAUGAUAAAAAAAAGGUUUUGUCACAAGAAAGUUCUCAUCGUCUUGGAUGACGUUGACAAUAUAAACCAGCUCAUGAAACUAGCCGGAAAGUGCGACUGGUUUGGUCCUGGCAGCAGAAUUAUCAUCACAACCAGGGAUAUUGGAUAUUUGCCAAUCAAUAAGGAAAGACCAGGAGACAGUGGGUUUUACAUCUAUAAAAUGAAGGAAAUGCCUUUUCAUCAUGCUCUUGAGCUUUUUAGCCAGUACGCUUUCAGAAGAGAUAGCCCUCCAACUGAUUAUGCCAACACAGCAACCCAGAUAGUUAGAACCACAGGUGGACUUCCUCUGGCUCUAAGGGUCAUCGGAUCCUCUCUUUACUACCAAGGAGAGGAUGUGUGGAAUGACAUGCUGAAAAAGUUAAAGAAAAUGCCUGAUGAAGAGGUCCAAGAUAAAUUGAUGAUAAGUUACGAAAUGUUGAAGGACAAUGAGAAACAAAUUUUUCUUGAUAUCGCAUGUCACAUGGCUGGUGAAAAAAUCGACGAUGCAAUUCUCAUGUGGAAAUCUUGCGACCACUUUUUUCCAAAUUUCGCAAUUAAUGUCCUUAUCAACAAGUCCUUGAUAAGGGUCGUGUAUCAUGAGAAAUUAUGGAUGCAUGACCAACUCAAAGACCUUGGAAGAGAAAUUGUUCGUAAAGAGAACACCAACCGUCCCGGAAGCCGUAGCAGGUUGUGGUGUCCAAGGUCAGCUAUGCAGGUCAUACGCCAAAAAAAGGGAACAGAAAAUAUAGCAGCGCUCAAACUUGAUGGACAUUCUAAAUCCCACAACUUUACUCAUGACGAAUUUUCUAAUCUAGAAAGCCUAAGGUUCCUUGAAUUAGACGGAGGGAACUUUGUUGGAGACUUCGAGAGUCUCUUCUCUGAACUAAGAUGGCUUUCGUGGCGUCAUUGUCCUUCAGAGUUUCAAGCAACCAACUUUUGUCCAAGCAACUUAGUUGUCCUCAAAAUUUCAGAAAGCGAUAUAACGAAUGAUUGGGAUGGUUGGAGCCAAAUUAUGGGGACAAGUAACUUAAAAGCUCUCAGUCUUGUGAGUUGCAAAAGCUUAAUCAAGAUGCCCGAUUUCUCUAUGUGCUCCACUCUAGAAAGACUGGUGUUCAAAGAUUGUGAAAGCUUGGUUCAGAUUGACCCAUCCAUUGGUAAACAGGAGCACCUGCAAUACUUGGAAAUAAGUAGGAGCAAUCGUUUAGGGAGUUUACUGAAAGAAGCUUCAACGGAGAUCAGUCCGUGUGUGGUACCUCAAUUCUGGCUGGACUCAAUGGACAAUCUAAAAAAUUUGAAAACCCUGAAGAUGGAAAAUCUGGCAUUCUUUGAACUUCCGGAAUCCAUUGGAAAAAUGACAUCACUGCUUCAGUUGGAAUUGGGAGGCACAAAAAUGACAGGAUUACCUCGCUCUAUUGGAAAUCUAAAAAAGUUGAGGAAGAUGAGUCUUUCUAUGGCUCCAAUAAAAAAAGCUACCGGACUCAAUAGGAGGGUUGGUUUCCUUGAUAAAGCUAAAUUUGGCGUAUACAGAUAUCACAGAAUUACCUCCUUGUGUUGGGAACCUAAAAGGAUUGGAGAUUUUAUGUCUACGUGGGAGUGCGAUAAGAAAGCUACCAGAGGCCAUAGGGAAGCUAGAGAAUCUUAAAUGGUUAGAAGCCUCAUGUUGUGAAAAUCUGAAGGGGGAAAUUCCAAAUGAAAUCAGGGGCCUAUGCUUUUUGAGGACACUAAAUCUAGCACGGAGCAAGAUUAGGAGAUUGCCCACAACUAUGAAUCAGCUUUCUCAUCUCCAAAAACUUCAUUUGGAUAGGUGUGAUGAACUUGAAAAGUUGCCAGAGCUCCCUGUGAGUUUGAAGGUUUUGGAGUUCCCACCUCGUUUGUUGUUGACAGCCCCUAACCUCUCAUAUCUAACUACCUUAGUCAAUCUUCAUGCAUGGGAUGACACUCCUCGGACAUUGCAAUAUUUCUGUCCAGCUCCAAAAAUAGAGUGGAUCGAGGGGUUAUCUAGUUUGGAGAGAUUGAAGCUUGUCAUUAGACAUGUCACAUUUCCUCCGAUUAAUUUGGCUACUCUUUCUCGGCUUUGUAUUCUUGAGAUUACUUGUGUUAAGCCCCAAUCUCUAAAGGGGCUUCCGUCCAGUCUUGAAAGAUUGUCUCUGUUUGAUGUUAGGUCACCGAUGGAAAGGUCCCUCUUUUCCAACUUGACAAAUCUGUCCGACUUGGACCUUUGUAAAUGUCGGCUAAAGGAGGUCAAUUUUGAUAAGGUGCUUGGACAACAACUGGUGAAACUCCAUAGUCUGGCCGUGAGCGAUGGUGAAUAUCUUGAAAGGCUAACCGUAUCAAGAUUGAAGGGGCUCCGAUCAUUGAGAGUGACUGAUUGCCCAAAGCUAAUGGAGAUUCGAGGCGUGGAGAAAUUGGGAUCGCUAGAGGCAUUGAGUAUUUACAAAUGCAGUUGCUUAGAAAGAUUGCCUGAUGUAUCAAAACUAAAGGAGCUGCGGCUAUUGAGUCUCUCAGAUUGUCCAUUGCAAAAUUUGCCUGAUCUACAACUUCAAGACCAGUGUUUUUUGACAUUUGCAGGAUGUGCGAAUUCACCUUACUUUAUUGGCUUUUACGAAAAAUGGAAGGAUACUUACGGUCGUAGUGGGGACGAUGUCAACAGCCAACUCUAGAAAGGAAGAAUCAUCUCAUGUUCUCUUACAGUCGGAGCAUACCCUGAAUCGAAGACUAGUCACACGUGUAGUGGAGGAGAAGGAGAGAGGGAGGUCUUUAAAAGAAGACAAGAGUCAUCGGAUAAUUAUUCGCAGAAGCACGGGAUCGCAAGCUAGAAUUCCGUUUGCCAAUAUAUUAAAAACUUGUUAGAAUGGAUUGUUGAAGUCUUUAUAUGAUGAACAUCACAGAAAUUGCUUAUGUUUUGGUAAUGUAAAUAGCCGAAAGUUCGAUGUGGCAAUAAAUCGCAAUUGUCUUCUUGAUUUUGGUGUAAUUACAGUUAAAUUUUUUUAA